GGGACAGUGACAGCUCUACUACUGCUAUCAUGCCACUGAUACGCCUGGAAGCUGCGAUCAUACUCGGGAUAGUGAUUCAUCAGAUAUCCACCACCAGCUUUUCACCCCCAACUUCUGACUGUUUCACUGCUGUGGAAACCUGCAUGUCAAAUCUGUGCAAGUGGAGUCAAGAAGCAUUUUACGGCAGCAUCUGUGAGGAUGAAGGCUGCCAAAUAAAAGGCUCAGAGGUGUGUAACUUGACCAUCCAGACUGUGCUGGACCAAUUUCCCUCCCUGCAUGGAUGUGUGUGUGCCUGGGAGGAGGAGCUUUGUGGCUCUAUACAAGCACUGGCCACACAAUGCAACCAAAAGACAGCUCAGCAGAGGAGGAGAGCAGUGAUGGACUGGCAGUCAAGCAGUUUAAUAAGACAUGUACAAAAUGGUGCUGAAUCCUGCUUGGACCAAAUGAGAGUGUGCAUCAAUGAUGCAGUUUGCAACAAGUACCUAACCCCUGUGAUUCAGGCAUGCGCGGCACAACAAUGCGACCAGGACCGCUGUAACAAAGUGUCUCAGCAGUUCUACAACAGCAUGCCACAAAAUGUUGCCGAAAUGAUUGUCAUGUGCGAAUGUAAGGAUUUGGAUCAGAGCUGUCUGGACAUAAAAAAAGCUCUGCACAGCGGCACAUGUGGAGACCAGAUCUGGAUCUGCCAGGAUACAGUUAACCUGUGUGUUGAGGACAAAAACUGCAGAUAUCUGUUAAAUAACUUCCGAGUUAAAUGCUGGAGCCCUGAAGAAGCCCAGUGCAGCGACAGAGACCUCCAAAAGGAUGAAUGUAUCAGCCAGAUGGACCCAGCUCUCAUCCUUGGUGCAAAUUCUGAAUGUAAAAAGGCCUUCCUGGCCACUUUGGGCACAGCUCUUCAUUAUCGGUGUCAAUGCAAAGGAAUGCGCAAUGAGGAUAUACUUACGUGCAACAUGAUUCAUGACGUAUUUCACAACAGAUCACACUUCAUGCCAUCUUGGAAGAGCAGUGAUGGUCCUACUAAAUAUCCGGAAGUCGAUGAAUCUGAGCAAACUCACACAUGGUCAAAAGAUGAUCUAAUAUAUGCUUUUGCAACUGUUCUACUUGUUGGAGUUGUUGUAUUAAUGCCUCUGGCUGUUGUCAGUAAAAUAUGGAUGCUCAGAAGAAGAGACAAAACAAAGUUUCACCAUCCAAAGAAAAGUGAUGUUAGUCCUUGAUGAUGUGUUUAUCCAUAAAUGUUUGUCAUCAAUAAUCAUGGAUCAACAUUUUGUUCCUUUUUAGAUCAAAACGAUUUUAAAAGUUGCCUGAUUUUUUCACAAUAUUUAUAACAAUUAUAUACAAAAAUCUACAUAUACUUAAUUAUACUUACAUUUGAAUUUGACAUGUUAAAUUGAGUAUCAGAGAUUUUUGAAGACGGAUGAAUAUAUUUGAAUUGAGUUGUUUUGAUGUUAUUGAAGGGAAAUCGUUUUCUUUCUGCUGUAUAUCAGUGUUCUUGUAAUUUCUGUCUGUUUCACACUGACCUGGUUCUUCCAUCAUUGAAAGGAAAUACUCAUCUGGUACAUUUGAAAUUGCAUCAUGACAACAGUUGUCUUUUUGUGAUGAUUAAAUAGUGAUCUUUGGUCUUCAACUUUAUGUGAUAAUAAACCCCACUCUUAACACCU